GCUUCUCCAUCAGCAAAAUCUACUUGAAGAAAAAACCCUAACCUGCUUCUUCGACUCAGCUCCUCCGGCGGCUCUCCACUGGCCCAAGCUUCCUCAAAACUCUUUGAAUAUUUACGGCUUCGAACGGGAUUGCAGGAACAUUUGCGAACUCCUCCUCUCUUUAACUCGCUCAAGGACUGUUCCUAAGGGAUUCCAGCUCCAUGCCCAUAUCAUCAAAGUAGGUAUCCAGACCAUCCCUCUUAUAUCCCACCAUCUCAUCAACCUUUAUUCAAAAUCACAACUACCCCUCUUUGCCCGUCAAGUUUUUGAAGAGGCGCCGCACAAGUCAAGCACCACUUGGAGCUCUGUUAUUUCCUCAUUUGCCCAAAAUGAGCUUCCUUUACUUGCUCUUGAAUUCUUUCGUCGAAUGCUUCACAGUGGGGUUCGGCCUGACGACCAUAUAUUCCCCAGUGCAACUAAGUCGUGUGCAUUUUUAUCAAGGUGUGAUGUUGGGCAGUCUGUGCACUGCCUUGUCGUGAAGACUGGGUAUGAAUUUGAUUUGUUCGUUGGGAGUUCAAUCGUUGAUAUGUAUGCCAAGUGUGGAGAGAUAAGACUUGCUCGGCAAAUGUUCGAUGAAAUGCCUGAAAAGAAUGUGGUUUCUUGGAGCGGGAUGAUAUAUGGCUACACUCAAAUGUGUGAAGAUGAUGAAGCUCUCAGACUGUUCAGGCAAGCAUUACUGGAAGAUGUGGAUGUCAAUGAUUUUACAUUGUCAUGUGUGUUACGGGUUUGUGGCAGCUCAACUUUGCUUGAAUUGGGGAAGCAAAUUCAUGGACUAUGCUUUAAGACAAGUUUUAAUUCAUCAAGCUUCGUGGGCAGUUCUUUGAUAUCGCUGUACUCCAAGUGCGGUGUAGUUGAAGGAGCUUAUCAAGUUUUUGAUGAGAUAAUCAUUAAAAACCUUGGUAUGUGGAAUGCAAUGCUCAUAGCGUGUGCUCAACAUGCGCACACAAGCAAAACGUUUGAGCUGUUCAAACAGAUGGGAAGUGUUGGGAUGAAGCCCAAUUUCAUCACCUUCUUAUGCAUACUUUAUGCUUGCAGCCAUGGAGGAUUAGUAGAGAAAGGCCAAUAUUACUUUCAGCUCAUGAAAGACUAUGGUAUUAAACCAGGGGCCCAACAUUAUGCCUCCAUGGUAGAUUUGCUAGGUCGUGCUGGAAAACUGAAGGAGGCAGUUCAGAUAGUUCAAGAAAUGCCCAUGGAACCAACAGAAAGUGUUUGGGGAGCAUUAUUGACAGGUUGUAGAAUACACGGGAACAGUGAAUUGGCAUCAUAUGUUGCUGAUAGAGUUAUUGAGUUAGGUCCUGUAAGCGCAGGUCUUCAUGUCCUCUUAUCUAAUGCUUAUGCUGCUGCUGGAAGAUGGGAAGAAGCAGCAAGAGCAAGGAAGAUGUUGAGGGACCAUGGAAUAAAGAAGGAAACUGGUUUGAGCUGGGUGGAGGAGGGAAACAGAGUUCACACAUUUGCUGCUGGGGAUAGAUCUCAUGUGAGAACCAUAGAAAUAUAUAAGAAAUUGGAGGAAUUAGGAGAAGAGAUGGAGAAAGCUGGUUAUGUAGCAGACACAUCUUUUGUGUUGAAAGAAGUGGAUGGUGAAGAGAAGAAUCAAACAAUUAGGUAUCACAGCGAAAGGUUAGCCAUAGCAUUUGGCCUUAUAAUUUUCCCUCCUGAACGACCCAUCAGAGUAAUGAAGAAUUUGCGUGUUUGUGGUGAUUGCCACACUGCAAUCAAGUUUAUAAGCAAAUGCACUGGAACGGUCAUCAUUGUGAGGGAUAACAACCGGUUCCACAGAUUUGAAGAUGGAAAAUGCACUUGUGGAGAUUAUUGGUGAUCGUCAAGAUUAGUACUGUCAACAGCUAUGCUUUGGAACGGGAACAACAUAAUCAUGACAAUCAAAAUAGAUUAUUCAUUCAUCUCAUCCUUUGUCACUGUUUUUUCCACACAAAAAAAAUUAUUGUACAUAUUGUACUACAAUCUAAGAAGUGAGACUGAGAUUCA